GAGGUCUUCGCUCUGUGUACUCGGCUCCGUGGGCAUCGGCGGCGGCAGCCUGCUGGAAUUUUCGGACACAGCAGCGUCGGGCCACUAUGGGGCUGUUCGUCGGGGAUUCUUUCCGCGGAGAGGCCGCGUGGGGUCAACACGGCAGAGGAUAGCGAAUUGGCGCCAUGGCAGCCCUCAGACCCCUCGUGAAGCCCAAGAUCGUCAAAAAGAGGACCAAGAAGUUCAUCAGGCACCAGUCAGACCGAUAUGUGAAAAUUAAGCGCAACUGGCGUAAACCCAGAGGCAUCGACAAUAGGGUGCGGAGAAGGUUCAAGGGCCAGAUCUUGAUGCCCAACAUAGGUUAUGGAAGCAACAAAAAGACAAAGCACAUGCUUCCCAGUGGCUUCCGGAAGUUCCUGGUACACAACGUCAAGGAGCUGGAGGUGCUGCUGAUGUGUAACAAGUCUUACUGUGCAGAGAUCGCUCACAAUGUCUCCUCCAAGAACCGCAAGGCCAUCGUGGAAAGAGCAGCCCAGCUGGCCAUCCGAGUCACCAAUCCCAAUGCCAGGCUGCGCAGCGAAGAAAACGAGUAGUAGACGCCUCAUAUGCAUGUUUAUCUGUGCUCAAAUAAAACUAUGAAAACUGC